UGGCCAAAUCCGCAUCUGAACUUUCCUUCAAUGCCACGAAAUCAAUUAAACGAUCAAAUCCAAAAAGAAAAAAAAAAAAAGGUAAAUCUCACAGAAUCAGGCGCUAACUUCAAAAAAGGUUUGAAAGAGUGUCCCGAGUCCCAAUGUUCUAUACCUUCGGUCUCACAGCGCCAACUCAUUUCCCCUCCGCUCCACUUCACUGCAUUCUCCAAAAUGGCUUCUAUAUCACCUGCCACUUUACGCGCCUCCAGUUCUCUCCCUUUCCACCACCAUAUGCACGCCCUCGAUUCCGCGCCAAAAACAGUUGAUCAAAGAAGAAGAAGAAGAAGAAGUAGGACGAGUCUGACGGUUGUUAGAAUCGUCGAUGGAGGCGAUUCGUACCUUGGUAUGUGGAGGAAAGCAGUGGACAGGGAAAAGAAGGAAACCGAGUUUCAAAAGCUCGCCCAGAAUUUGACUAAGAUCGAUGAUGAUCUAGGUGGCGGUAAUGGUGAGAAUAAAGAGGUUAUGGAGAAGAAGAGCGAGGAGUUCCAGAAGAUUCUGGAAACUCCGAAGGAAGAAAGGGAUCGGAUUCAGAGAAUGCAAGUGAUUGAUCGUGCCGCGGCCACGAUUGCGGCGGCUCGUUCCAUUCUCAAGAAGAAAGAUUCUUCUCUGGCUAAAGAGGAUUCCAAAAACGAAAAUGGCAAAACAAUUAGAGUUAAAGAAGAGGGAAAGCAGAGUGGGAGCACUUUUGUUACUCUGUCCGGAAAUUCUGGAAAUGGAACACCUGGUCCAGAUUUUUGGUCCUGGACACCUCCUCAAAGUACUGAUCAGAUUUUGGGUGAUUGGGAUGGAUUGCAGACUGCUAGACAAACUUCAGAGGAUCCAAUUUUGGGCAAUCCGGUUUUAGAGAAGGAUCUUUCUGUUGGUUUUCUCUCUAUUCCUUUUGAGAGCAAAGCUUAUGAGACCACUCGAAAUCUUCCACCAUUUCAGUCACUGGCAGAGGUUGAUAAAGCAAAAGUAUCUGAGCUUGCUGUGGAAAAGACUUCUUUAAAAGAGGAACAUGACCUUGAAGUUGAAUUUUCUGCAUAUGCUGCAGAAGCAGCUGAUGCCCUUCAUAAGGCUGAAGAAUUAUCAUCCCAAGGAGUCAAACCAGAUGGAACGAGAUGGUGGAGGGAAACAGGAAUUGAGCAAAGACCUGAUGGUGUGAUUUGCAGGUGGACAAUGAUCAGGGGUGUUAGUGCGGACCAAGCUGUUGAGUGGCAAGAGAAGUACUGGGAGGCUUCUGAUGAGUUCGAUUACAAGGAACUAGGUUCUGAGAAAUUAGGACGUGAUGCUUUUGGGAAUGUUUGGAGUGAAAACUGGAGAGAAUCAAUGUUGCAGGAUGGUGGGCUUGUACAUCUUGAAAAAACUGCUGAUAAGUGGGGAAAGAAUGCAAAAGGUGAAGAGUGGGAAGAAAAAUGGUGGGAACAUUAUGAUGCAUCUGGAAAAUCUGAGAAAUGGGCUGACAAGUGGUGCAGCAUUGACCCAAACACACCCCUUGAAGCUGGUCAUGCUCAUGUUUGGCAUGAAAGAUGGGGUGAACAAUAUGAUGGAUAUGGUGGCAGCGUGAAAUACACGGACAAAUGGGCAGAGCGGUGCGAAGGUGAUGGUUGGGCGAAAUGGGGUGAUAAGUGGGAUGAACAUUUUGACCCCAAUGGCCAUGGUGUAAAACAGGGGGAAACAUGGUGGCAAGGGAAACAUGGAGAUCGAUGGAAUCGCACUUGGGGUGAGCACCACAAUGGCUCUGGAUGGGUUCACAAAUAUGGGAAGAGUAGCAGUGGGGAGCACUGGGACACACAUGUGGAGGAAGAGACUUGGUACGAGAGAUUCCCACACUACGGUUUUUAUCACUGUUUUGACAACUCCGUGCGGCUGCGGGAGGUUAAGAAGCCAUCUGAGAUAUCUGAACAAUAAACCUUUUGCUUGUUCAUUCAUUGAUUUAUUCCUUGUACAUUUUCCACAUGAAGGUACAAUUUAGUAAUAAGUAGUCAUAGUUCCUCACGAAGAAACAAAGUGUUUAAAAUAAAAAUAACAGAAUCCGUUCUCUCAGUCUUAUUGCUGAAGUUUGUAUAUUUUUCACCGCA